UAGAGCAAUCCUUUGAGCAAAGACUACGUAGCCAAGCUGAACAAUUUGAAGUAGAACGAAAAUGAGAAAGAGAAGAACGAGAGUUAUUUUUGACAAAGUUUACAGAAUUAGCAAACCAAAUUUCAUCAUUAAAGGGAAGUGAAGUGAGUUUGCCUACGAUAGUUUCACGAACAAGUGAGACCCCUAUGCCAAUGGAGGUGGUAAAUGAGUCUUUAGUUUCUUCAAAGGAUAAUCAGAAGUCUAGAUUAUUGACAGAAAAUGGUGAUACUGUUGCUAUUGGACGAAUAAUGGCAACAAGCGGAAAAAUUCAUUGUGUUGACUUAAGAAAGGGUAACUAUCGUGUGCAAGUGGAUGAGUGCUGUAAUGAUGAGGCUAAACUUAUUUUUCCUAUUGGAGAUGAGAUUUCUUUAGUACGUCAUGCUGUCGGCCACUAUGUUGAGUGGCCAUCUCAUCUGAUCAUUCCUUACGAUUCAGAUUUGCUACCUAAGAAGACAAAGAAGCAAAAAAGGAAUGGUUCACCAAUACCUAAUGCCCCAAUGACACAAGAGAAGUCUCAUCCUUCCCAAAAACUUCCUAGUCAAAAUGAAGUAGUGUCAAUUAAAGCUAGUGCCCCGAUACUCUUCAAGAUUCCUAGUGGGGUUCCUCGCUUUCUCAAGUGUCUAUUAACUACCGUGAAGUAUGUGGAGCCAAGUUUCAUGAUCAAAAUUCCGAUGGAUUUUGAGAUAUUCGGCCAUGAGAAUGAUUUAUAUAUCUCACAAGAAGAUAUAGUCCAUGUUGGCUUAAUGGAAGAGAUUGGAGCAUCAUGUAUAUCGUUAUAUAUCAGGAUUUUUACUUCCAAUUAG